GAACUCUUUACGGCGGAAUGUAAGUUCAAAGAGUCUGUGUUUGAGAACUAUUAUGUGAUCUACUCGUCGAUGCUGUACAGGCAACAGGAGUCAGGGAGGGCUUGGUUCCUGGGGCUCAACAAAGAGGGCCAAGCAAUGAAGGGGAAUCGAGUGAAGAAAACAAAACCAGCUGCUCACUUCCUGCCCAAGCCAUUAGAAGGUAAGCAAACACCACAUUCUGAGUCUGAUUUGUGUUCAUUAGAACAUAACUGUUUCAGGGGCAUUAGAGUAGUAUAAGCAAGAGAGCCACAAAUAUAGUUUUUGUUGUUUUGUGAUGAGAGGCAAUAUAUUGAACUGAAAAGUAGGGCAUUUAUAUCUGCUAGACUUCUUUCAAGUUUAACCUUUGCAAAACAUAAUUCUGUACCUUCUACUUUAUAUGGAAAUUAUUUCUUCCUGACUGAGAUCAACAGCAAAUUAAAACAAUUCUGACUGACUAGAGUUGCAAACCUAGUAAUUUCCAAAGUUACUGGAAACUUUGGUAAUUUAUAUUUGAAUAACAAAAAGCAUUCAUAUACAGUGAGGGAAAAAAGUAUUUGAUACCCUGCUGAUUUUGUACGUUUGCCCAUUGACGAAGAAAUGAUCAGUCUAUAAUUUUAAUGGUAGGUUAAUUUGAACAGUGAGAUACAGAAUAACAACAAAAAAAUCCAGAAAAACUCAUGUCAAAAAUGUUAUAAAUUGAUUUGCAUUUUAAUGACGGAAAUAAGUAUUUGACCCCUCUGCAAAACAUGACUUAGUACUUGGUGACAAAACCCUUGUUGGCAAUCACAGAGGUCAGACGUUUCUUGUAGUUGGCCACCAGGCUUGAACACAUCUCAGGAGGGAUUUUGUCCCACUCCUCUUUGCAGAUCUUCUCCAAGUCAUUAAGGUUUCGAGGCUGACGUUUGGCAACUCGAACCUUCUGCUCCCUCCACAGAUUUUCUAUGGGAUUAAGGUCUGGAGACUGGCUAGGCCACUCCAGGACCUUAAUGUGCUUCUUCUUGAGCUACUCCUUUGUUGCCUUGGCCCUGUGUUUUGGGUCAUUGUCAUGCUGGAAUACCCAACCACGACCCAUUUUCAAUGCCCUGGCUGAGGGAAGGAGGUUCUCACCCAAGAUUUGACGGUACAUGGUCCCUUUGAUGCAGUGAAGUUGUCCUGUCCCCUUUGCAGAAAAACACCCCCAAAGCAUAAUGUUUCCACCUCCAUGUUUGACGGUGGGGAUGGUGUUCUUGGGGUCAUAGGCAGCAUUCCUCCUCCUCCAAACACUGCGAGUUGAGUUGAUGCCAAAGAGCCCCAUUUUGUUCUCAUCUGACCACAACACUUUCACCCAGUUCUCCUCUGAAUCAUUCAGAUGUUCAUUGGCAAACUUCAGACGGCCCUGUAUAUGUGCUUUCUUGAGCAGGGGGACCUUGCGGGCGCUGCAGGAUUUCAGUCCUUCACGGCGUAGUGUGUUACCAAUUGUUUUCUUGGUGACUAUGGUCCCAGCUGCCUUGAGAUCAUUGACAAGAUCCUCCCGUUGUCACGCCCUGACUCUGAGGACUUGUAUUUGUUGAGUCAGGGUGUGUAUUUUCCGUGUUGUGUGUUGCUAUGUUAAUUUCUAUGUUUUAGAUCUAGCAUGUGCAGAUCUAUGUUGGCCGGGGUGGUUCCCAAUCAGAGGCAGCUGUAGCUCGUUGUCUCUGAUUGGGGACCAUACUUAGGCAGCCUUUUGGCACCGGUUAGUUGUGGGAUCUUGUUCCGUGUGAGGUAUGUUAUUUGUCUACCUUGGACGUCACGUUUCGUUUGUUGUUUUGUCGUGUGUUUAGUCGUGUAAUAAAUAUGAAUGCAUAUCACGCUGCGCCUUGGUCCUUCUCGUUCAUGAACGAUCGUGACACCCGUGUAGUUCUGGGCUGAUUCCUCACCGUUCACAUGAUCAUUGCAACUCCACGAGGUUGGAUCUUGCAUGGAGCCCCAGGCCGAGGGAGAUUGACAGUUAUUUUGUGUUUCUUCCAUUUGCGAAUAAUCGCACCAACUGUUGUCACCUUCUCACCAAGGUGCUUGGCGAUGGUCUUGUAGCCCAUUCCAGCCUUGUGUAGGUCUACAAUCUUGUCCCUGACAUCCUUGGAGAGCUAUUUGGUCUUGGCCAUGGUGGAGAGUUUGGAAUCUGAUUGAUUGAUUGCUUCUGUAGACAGGUAACAACCUGAGAUUAGGAGCACUCCCUUUAAGAGUGUGCUCCUAAUCUCAGCUCGUUACCUGUAUAAAAGACACCUGGGAGCCAGAAAUCUUUCUGAUUGAGAGGGGGUCAAAUACGUAUUUCCCUCAUUAAAAUGUAAAUCAAUUUAUAACAUUUUUGACAUGCGUUUUUCUGGAUUGUGUUGUUGUUAUUCUGUCUCUGUUCAAAUAAACCUACCAUUAAAAUUAUAGACUGAUCAUUUCUUUGUCAGUGGGCAAACGUACAAAAUCAGCAGGGGAUCAAAUACUUUUUUCCCUCACUGUAUAGUAUUAUUAUGUUAUAUACAGUGGGGAGAACAAGUAUUUGAUACACUGCCGAUUUUGCAGGUUUUCCUACUUACAAAGCAAGUAGAGGUCUGUAAUUUUUAUCAUAGGUACACUUCAACUGGAUUUAUGAAUCAAGAGAUUGAUUCAAAAUCCAGAAAAUCACAUUGUAUGAUUUUUAAGUAAUUAAUUUGCAUUUUAUUGCAUGACAUAAGUAUUUGAUCACCUACCAACCAGUAAGAAUUCCGGCUCUCACAGACCUGUUAGUUUUUCUUUAAGAAGCCCUUCUGUUCUCCACUCAUUACCUGUAUUAACUGCACCUGUUUGAACUCGUUACCUGUAUAAAAGACACCUGUCCACACACUCAAUCAAACAGACGCCAACCUCUCCACAAUGGCCAAGACCAGAGAGCUGUGUAAGGACAUCAGGGAUAAAAUUGUAGACCUGCACAAGGUUGGGAUGGGCUACAGGGCAAUAGGCAAGCAGCUUGGUGAGAAGGCAACAACUGUUGGCGCAAUUAUUAGAAAAUGGAAGAAGUUCAAGAUGACGGUCAAUCACCCUCGAUCUGGGGCUCCAUGCAAGAUCUCACCUCGUGGGGCAUCAAUUAUCAUGAGGAAGGUGAGGGAUCAGCCCAGAACUACACGGCAGGACCUGGUCAAUGACCUGAAGAGAGCUGGGACCACAGUCUCAAAGAAAACAAUUAGUAACACACUACGCCGUCAUGGAUUAAAAUCCUGCAGCGCACGCAAGGUCCCCCUGCUCAAGCCAGCGCAUGUCCAGGCCCGUCUGAAGUUUGCCAAUGACCAUCUGGAUGAUCCAGAGGAGGAAUGGGAGAAGGUCAUGUGGUCUGAUGAGACAAAGAUUGAGUUUUUUUGGUCUAAACUCCACUCGCCGUGUUUGGAGGAAGAAGAAGGAUGAGUACAACCCCAAGAACACCAUCCCAACCGUGAAGCAUGGAGGUGGAAACAUCAUUCUUUGGGGAUGCUUUUCUGCAAAGGGGACAGGACGACUGCACUGUAUUUUGGGGAGGAUGGAUGGGGCCAUGUAUCGCGAGAUCUUGGCCAAAAACCUCCUUCCCUCAGUAAGAGCAUUGAAGAUGUGUCGUGGCUGGGUCUUCCAGCAUGACAACGACCCGAAACACACAGCCAGGGCAACUAAGGAGUGGCUCUGUAAGAAGCAUCUCAAGGUCUUGGAGUGGCCUAGCCAGUCUCCAGACCUGAACCCAAUAGAAAAUCUUUGGAGGGAGCUGAAAGUCUGUAUUGCCCAGCGACAGCCCCGUAACCUGAAGGAUCUGGAGAAGGUCUGUAUGGAGGAGUGGGCCAAAAUCCCUGCUGCAGUGUGUGCAAACCUGGUCAAGACCUACAGGAAACGUAUGAUCUCUGUAAUUGCAAACAAAGGUUUCUGUACCAAAUAUUAUGUUCUGCUUUUCUGAUGUAUCAAAUACUUAUGUCAUGCAAUAAAAUGCAAAUUAAUUACUUAAAAAUCAUACAAUGUGAUUUUCUGGAUUUUUGUUGAAGUGUACCUAUGAUAAAAAUGACAGUCCUCUACAUGCUUUGUAAGUAGGAAAACCUGCAAAAUCGGCAGUGUAUCAAAUACUUGUUCUCCCCACUGUAUCUGUGUCCAUAUUGUCCAUGGGGUUCUAGUGGAUAGACCAUAUGGUUCAAGAGGAAAUAGCCUAAUUAAUAAAAAAAGUGUCUAAUCAACAUAACAUAAUUUUCAAUUAACUCUGCAACUUUUUUCACAACUGCCACCAGUUUGGCCCCAAAACAUUUACAACAAAGAAAUGGACAGAGUAAAAAAAAUGAAAAUAAAAAAAUAUAUAAAGGAUAUUUCAUGCUGAAACCCUCAUAUUACACACCAAUGGUAUUCACUAAGUUGAUGGAUUUUUAUUUAGGAUAAUGUUUUACAGCUUUGUCAUUAUAUUUCUUAUUUUAAAAUCAUCUUAUUUGAUUUUUUUUAUAUAAACUGUUAUGUUGUGUCAAGUUGGCUGGAUGUCCUUUGGGUGGUGGACCAUUCUUGAUAUACACGGGGAACUGUUGAGCAUGAAAAACCCAGCAGCAUUGCAGUUCUUGACACAAACCGGUGCGCCUGGCCCAUUCAAAAGCGCUUCGAUCUUUUGUCUUGCCCAUUCACCCUCUAAAUGGCAUACAGACACAAUCCAUGUCUCAAUUGUCUCAAAACUUAAAAAUCCUUCUUUAACCUGUCUCAUCCUCUUGAUCUACACUGAUUGAAGUGGAUUUAUCAAGUGACAUCAAUAAGGGAUUAUAGCUUUGACCUGGUCAGUCUAUGUCAUGUCAUGUUCUUAAUGCUUCCACUCAGUGUAUUUUACAUGUGAUAAUUACAGACACCUGUGAUAAUCUGAAGUACCCAAAAAGGCCAAAGUUACAAAAAUUCUGGUAGUUUACUGGUAAACUUCAAAAGUUUCCAGUAAUAUACCCUCCCUUUGCAACCCUACUACUGACUGCUGGUACCAAGUUUAUGCCACAUGUCAGAGGUGUCAAACGUAUUAAAUGUAUGGGCCACCUAUGAGGCAGGGUUUAUGUGCUGUAUAUAUCACCAGAAUCUUACACAAGUCAUAAACAUGUAAGCCAUCACACGCCUGCAGGUUCACAAUACCACAUUUCAACCUCCACACCCCUCGGAAUGACCAUCCCACGCCUAGACCCUGUCACGGCAGUGUCUUUAGAGGGAACAAGUCAAUCUGAUCAAGCCCCCUAUUCUGUUAAUCCCACCCUGAGUAACCACCCACCGCUACACUGAAGGAUGGUUAUCUUCCCCUUGAAGUAUCAUUUAUAUUUAUCGUUCCCAUCCAUAAUUCACAGGUUGGCAUAUAGCACAGAGGAGAAGGGACAAGCCCUGUCUUUGCGGCCAUGAAAUGUUGAUGCUUUAUGGUGUGUCUACAGACGCCCACAUCACUCUCCUCCCCUCCCUGGCUGAUUUAUGUCCAUUAUUUAAACAUGGAAGCCUCCAGGAAUCUGUACUGCACUGUCAUGACAGUGACACAGCUGCAGUGCAGGGAGCGUAAAGUGCAGGAUCAUUUGGGAUGUUCCCACUGCUCAUAAUGCACAAAGUCUUUUGGCCACAUUCAGAUUGGGGUCUGUAGAAAGGAGAGGAAGAGAUGGCAGCAGCCACAGGCUAAAGAAUGUGUAGGACCGUUUUUAGUAUUUUUCUCCCCCUUUUUUCCCCUUUUGGUGUGGUCUGGAACAAUUUCCAAAAACAAGUAGAAGCCUCUGCAUCAACAAGACUUAAAACGGAUUAAAUAAUUCAUGCUGGCAGUCAUUAGUGAAAAAGGAGCCAUGUGGUUAGUUUGACAGGUUAUUGAUUUGAAAAGAGGAGAAAUACUUAUUUUGCUCUGGGUUUUACUAACAAAAUCUUCCCUCUCUCCUCCAUUCUCUUCCUUUCUUAUUUUCUCUCCCUUUCUCUUACCCUCUCUCUCUCCUCUCUCUCUCUCUCUCUCUCUCUCUCUCUCUCUCUCUCUCUCUCUCUCUCUCUCUCUCUCUCUCUCUCUCUCUCUCUCUCUCUCUCUCUCUACCCUCUCUCUUAAUUUCUCCCUCUUUUUCCCUCUCACCCUUCCUUGCCUCCUUAUCUCCUCCCUUCUCUUUCUUAUCUCUCUCCCUCACAGUUGCUAUGUACAGAGAGCCAUCGUUGCAUGAUGUAGGCGAGACCAAAGCGCCCAAAACAGCCGUCCCUCCCAGUAAAAGCACAACCGAGCCCCCAGUGAUGAACGGAGGCAAACCAGUCAGCAAGCCUACUACUUCUACUACUACUACUGCUACUGCUGCUAAGUCCCCCACAUAG